GAAUCCAAAUUCAUCAUGCAUUGAUCCUCCAAGGAAAGUGCUGUUAGGCAGAGAAGGCUUCACUGUCAUCAGGCUUGUUAACAUCUAUUCCGCCCUGUGGUGCUAAUGAAGAAGCAUAGUUUUUUCUUUUGCUAUAUAGUUUCGAUUUUUAGAACAACCUUUCACACUCCCACCCUUUCACACUCCCACCUUCUCCAGUACGCAACUGGGUAUAGCUGGUAAUAAUUCAUCAUCCGUUGUACGCCCGUUGACCUUGUGAUUGAGUACAACAUCCUGGAAGACGAAAGACUUGCUCAUGAAUACUCCGUACCUACGAUGACAAAUAUUGUCGAAAUGCAACGUAUGAUAUAUCUGAUCAUGCCAAAUUGUUUCUCGUCUUUAUUCUACCUAGCGAAAAAUCUUCGUCUUGGUUCGUGCAUCAAGAUUAUUUUGGAACGAAAAUUCAACAAUGAUUGAAGAUUCUCUCAGUUCGUAUUUUUUAAAGUCUGAUGAAGAGAUCCCGCAGGAACCAACCUGUCUGGCGUACGAUCGAAAAAGCACUAGAAGCUUUUAUCAUGGGGACAACGAGUGACAGCGGAUGAAGCAUUCCUCAUGAUUCUCGAAGCCGCGCUGUGCUGUGAGGAGUCAGUACAGCCCUGGGGAGAAGAAAUUGCGUGACCGCGGAGGAAAAAGUGCGUGUUCAUUAUCGGCUACAUCAAAGUUAUGCCGUGCAGAAUUCUUCUUGUGUCUUGACCGGAAUCAUAGGUUUUUCUUAUCUCGGCCACAGUGCUAAUACACGUAUCUCUUGAAUGCGUCGGCUGGUGCACAAAAAGUUUUUCAAUGCGCUGCUUCGUCCGGCGACCCUCAGCCGCACUGGGGUGUACUUUGCUCUGAUAUGACGAGCAUCUUUGACCAUUUGAUGCAGAACAUGAAAGGCCAUCAUCAUGAAGAUGGCUGGGACACAGCACAAGCCGCUUCUGACUGCCUAUGGUGACCUAUGGACAUCCUAAUUCACAUGAAAAUGAAAAUCUAAUUCUCUGAAGGAUCAGGUUCAAGAAUGAAACGCAUACGAUUUCGUACGUGAAGAUGAAAAUCAUUCAGGUAUUUCCGCUUGAUAAAUUGAAUAUUGAAUAGAAAGACAUCCAUAUUAAAAAGAACUCUUUGCAUCUGAUGAGGAUGAUGAUCGUCUCCCCGUUGUGCCGGCGGUUGCUUCUUUGCUGUUAAGAGGAAGGAGCGGCGGCGGGCAGGCAUGUCGAUGAAGCCCGCCAGGAGGCCUGACACCGAUAGAGAUGAAGCGAAGUACCGACUUCGGGUCGAGUCUCUCAGCUGCUCUGCUGUUGCCGGUUGGUUCAUUGAUGCUACGGCACCACGGUCAUACUGAGUGCGUCCACAUCCGUGGCCGACGCAGCAAGCUCUUGAGCCAUUGACUCUUUCCGGCAACGAGCUACAAACAAUAUUUGAUUUGCAUUUUCCUCAUCUCAAAUCUCAUCAACGAAUAUUUGAUGUGUAUUUCAGGCGAGCCGGAUAUGAGCUUUAUUGACCUCGAUGAAUAAAAACGAUAAUCCUGUGAAUUUUAGGGGAGCGACUAGACACGUGAAGGAGAGUUGUACGUUGACGCCACGUACUGUGAUAAUCUCAUGCACGGAUCAGUUUUAGAAAAGCAUUUCCACUAGAUUAAGCAUGCAAUCCGUUUCUCUGUUUUUAAUUACGAUUUCUAUAAGAAAAUUAGAAAGAUGACGUUGGGUUCUAGCAGAACCACUUUUCACAAAGAGCCAGAACCCCUGGCUGUGGGCAAAUGCGAAGACUUCUGGACAGAGAAUCGAACCCAGCACGUUGGUGCGCUUGCGGGAUGGCACAGCGACGAACUCUUCCACGCGGAUGACGGCGGGAGGUAUAUUCAUUUUCAUGCUUAAUGCCGUUGCACUUGCCGAGACGUGCUGCAAGUAAGCAAAAACAUCUUCAUCUUCGUGGCUAUCAAAAGCAGAUGAUAUGAUCUUGAUCUCAUUUCAAGGAUAUUGUAUUUGACGUGUUGGUGGUUUUGUGAGAUAGGCAUUAGAUUCUGGGACUCUCUACAGUGGAAACGGGAAGACUCCCUAUUUUUUGAGACUAGAGAACCGUCUCUUUGCUCUGCCUCGCGUACUCUACUUUGACCCGUCCACAAAGACGAGCCCCUAUCAUGUAGUCACCUGAAGCAGACGUUGUGUGGUCUCACUCUCUCGUUUGUCGUCUGAAAAUGGAACCAGAAGAACACACACUCAUUACCACAGCGGGAAAGCGUACCCGGCAAAUGAGACGAAAGCUGUAGCCACAGCAGAGGAGACGCAAGCUGUAGCCCGAGCAGAGGAGACGCAACCUGAGAGUGAGACGGAAGCCGAAAUUUCGACCGCGCAGACCAAGAAAACGAAAAAGAAAAGCAAGAAAAAGCCGGUGGCGCCGUGUAUUAGAUUAAAAUCCUUCUUGUGAAUAUUUACUGGUUCUGUUCUUAACGUUUCGCUGAAUUAUUCUGAAUUUACGCUGAUAGAAAAUUUCGCUAAGAAGUUGACCUUUGCACGUUCUUAUAUCAACAUCUAACUUUUCUUCAUCAAUUUUCAAAUCCACGUUCUUCUCCACUUUUACCUCGACAGCCAAUGGGAGCAGCGUAUUGAUGGAUCCUUCAGCAAUGUUGCGUUUGGGCUCUGCUCCAGAGCAGUUGACGAAAAACGAGGAGGCUAGCGGAGACGGAAACUCUACAUUUGUCGUAGGAGACGAAACCACUUCGACUGUCAUGGAGCAGGAUCCAAGCGGACAUUCCAAGGCAGCCAAUGAUUCUCUUUUGCUUGAGGAGAACAAGAAAUCAUCAUCGCUGGACGAAACUGCAUGCAGGUCCAAAGAUACAACAACCUUAAGGCUUUUCUGUGCCAUCGAUUACGUUUUUCGUGAGUCAAAUGACAUAGUAAUGACGUGCUCUCCUCUGAGUUGUAGACUUCAUUCUUGUGUACCUAGGUUUUUAUGCACAAUAAUUACUACAACAUCCCAUGCUGCAUGUCAUGUAAUCAUGUCAAUCAUCCUCUUUUCUGGACUAUCUUUCUGUUGAUUUUUUUUUGAAAUAUAGAAUAUCUAACAGCGGGAGCAUCGGAGCGAGGUGAGGUUGGUGCUGUCAUCGAAAAAAGCGCUACGGUGUUGUCGUCGACUUGCGAAUCGAGCGACAGCAUUACUUUACUAGAAGCGCUACCUGCAGAAAAAGCGAAUGAACAAGCGGACGAGAAAAAAUAAGAGACAACAUUUUGUGUUUCAACAACUUCACUCUUUCUUUCUCUUCCACAUUUUGAGAAUCUCCUGAAAAGCUAGAUUGCCUCGUUUAGAUAGACUUGUUUGCUUGCAAAAAAAGACCCUUUUGCGGAAGUAUUCACUCGAAAAGCCCAAUAUAAAGAACAAGCUGCAAAGGGCUCGGUGACCCUUCUCGCUGUUGUAUCGACCCUUGUAGUCGAAAGAGCCGCCCAACCUCGUCCAAGAGAAAAAAAUGGACUGGCUCGCAAAGAGGUAUAAUAUCCUCUAAGAAAACAAUCAGCACGUUCGGCAGCCCAGAACAAAUACUACGAAUCAGACUGAGGAGUCGGAUGAGGAGGAUUAUCCUAGCGGGCCACAGAAUGCAGCGGAUGCAGAUGACGCCGAGAUGGAAUACAAUCCCUAUGUCUGGUUUCAGUCUUUUAACGUCAUAAUUUCAUGAUCAUCAGUAUCUUGAUACUUUCUAAACUCGAUUCUGAGAUUAAUUGAUCCGCUGAUAUGCCUCAACAUCCAUAAGUAUCUUUUGUUGUGAUGUGUCGUGAACUAUCGGUGUCUUCUCAACUUGUUCAGACUCAUUCUCCUGAGAGCCAAGUGAAGUGAGGGAAGAUGCGACGCCUCAAUAGGCAAAUAAUGAUGAUGAACACAAACUAUCUCUAAAACACUGCGAAUGGUUCGUCCUUGGCGCGCGUGGGUCGUCGUGGCCAUGUUCCCAAGUCCUCACCGAAAUCCUCGCCACCGCGUUCGUCUUCGAAGUCUUCGUCACUCACGCAUAGUAGAGGCAGUAACAGCACGACUAAGCCAUCGGGUAAGAAGCGGGCUGACAGCACAAAGCUGCCGAACGCGCCCUCAUCGGCAACUCGCGAGUCGCGCCAGCGGACGCGCUCCGCUUGGACAGGGAUGCAGCCUUCGUUUGGGGCGACGGAUCGUUCGAACGCCGGCGAUGCGGCGGGCUUGCGUGCGCGCGGCGCGAGCGCGGCAGCGGCGCUCUCGGGGGGAAGCGGCACUUCGCAACUCGAACCGCCAGAACCGCCGCCAGCAGUGACGCAUCGGGCAUCGCUUGCGGCGCAACAGCAACACCACAUGUAUAUUUAAGGCUUGAGAAUAUUCAUCUCCCUCAACAUCUUGGUGCCGUUCUGAAAUUCGAAUGCGCCCCACGAUGCCAACCGGGAUGGAACUAGCUAACGUCUAAUCUGUGCCGACUGCAGCGUCCAAUGCAGUGCAGGCACAACAGGCCUAUCAGGCGCUGCAGUUGCUGAAGCUGCAACACCUGCAAGCGGCACAACAUCACACGCAGCAGCCGUCACAGGAUAUGCAACCACAGCAAGUAUUGACUCAAGCGCACCAGCUGCAACAACAGCAGAUUCAACAGCAAAUGCAGAUGAAUCACGAAUACCAGCAGCAGCAGCUUCAGCAGCAGCAAGCACAAAGGGUGCACGAAUACCAGCAGAUGCAACAGCAAGUGCAGAUGAAUCACGAAUACCAGCAGCAGGCUCAGCAGCAGCAAGCGCAAAGGGUGCACGAAUACCAGCAGAUGCAACAGCAGCACCAAGCAGUAAAUCACGCGCACCAGCAACAUUCGCAGGUGAACCAAGCUUCAUCUACUCCUGAGCAGUUGAUGUACGCGCAGAGCGAAACGCAGCAAACUGGAAUGGUCCAGCCUUCCCUAGCUGCGCAGCCGCCAGUGCCGCCGUACCUUCCAUCAUCCGUCCCCGGGUGUGAACUGCAGCUAGCCCCACAGUUGGGGAUGCAGUACUCAGCCCAGCAGUUAACGAUGCACAAUCAGGAGGUAACUCAGCAGCACAUGGCACCUAUUACUGCAAACACUGUCGUUGGCGCUUCGUUUGCUACCGGCAACUGUGUUGCUCAAAUGCAAAACGACUACACGACAAACGCAAAUGCACCACAGUCUAGCUACGGCGGAUGUGGCGCAGUCAAUGGGCAUGAAGCUGCGUGCGCAGCCUAUAAUCCCUGGCCGCAACAGGAACAGCAGCAGCAAUACCAGGUAGGAGCCUCGCAGGAGCAAUCUACUAACAACGGGCAAGCGGACCAACAACAGUGCGCACAGGGGUGGCCUAGUACAAGUGCGCAUCAGCAACAAGCUCACACUUUCCACUGCGCUGGAGUGUCUUCCCACCAAGAGCAGGAAGCAGCGUCUUCCCAUCAAGUACAAGGCAACGCAUCUUCUUACCAAGAGGGCCAGUCUUAUGCGACAGAGUUUGCUGGGGGCGGCGGGUGUGGCGUCGCAGAAGAAUCUAACAGUGGCAAAUCGCAGCACGCGACGACGUCGGGGGAGCACGAUCGCAAGAGCAAGAAAGGCAAAAAAGCAGCAGAGAAUGAUGCCGAGGAAUAUGAAGAUCGCACGCACCCACUUUUCGGCAAGAUUCUGCGAGGAAAAGUCACAAGCGUUCAUGAGCGCGAAACGUAAACUACUAACAUUUUAAUAGAUAGUAGAAAGUAAUGAUGUGGUAUGUAAUUGGCUGAUGCCAGUUUUUUGAGCAAUCGGCACUCACAACUGCUUCUUCAUAAGCCACACCCAUAUCGGACUUUCUUAGUCCAAACUUCAACAUUUGCUACUUAUCCAAAAAUGAGAACCAACGUGGCCGCGAGGUUUUCGGACGAAAAUUCUCUAUCAAAAAAAGGGAACGCACGUCGUCUUCUAUGACCAUUUAAUAUGCAACAAAACCAGGUCCUUUUAUGGCUUCAUGAAGUUCGACGGUUCCGAGAAAUUUCCCAAAGACGCACACUUCCGAAGCCAGGACUUUCGGCCACGGCUGGAUAGUGUCCGGGAACUUAUUCCAUUCUAUACGGGUACUUUGGUUGUAAACAUGAGUUUUGAGGGUGAUUGUCACUGCUUCAUUUUUUUUGGGGAUAAGGUGACACACCGUUUCGUCUAGCCGGCUAGAAUUAUCUACACUAGUUAUAGAUGCACUGGAAUGGAAUGGCUCUAGGAAAAUAAUCCUCUUCAGUGGCUUCAGCAUUUGAGACUUUCAGCUGUCAGAAGAAGGUAAUGAAGAUAUUGGAGUAGCGUCGUUCCGAAAACAUCUGUACAGCAGUGUUGGCUUUUCAUCACAGUAUUGCCUCUCUCAACGCCUAUUUCAGAUGUAGAAUUCGAAGCCCGAGUUGUCUGGAAGCAGAAGAAUCAGAAGCGUGAGCGUCGAAUGACAGCGCGUACUUGCAGAAUCGUUGGUGGUAUCGCUGACAAGAACAGCGCACAGGCCGGUCGCGGUGGGAAUGUGGUCUCCUCCACUAGUGGGAUGAAAAUGGAGCAAGAAGCCCCUGCUUCCGAGCCCGAUGCAGUCGACCGCCUGUUAGCGCGAAAGAGAACGGCCGCGCUUGCCUACGACUCACCCAAAAAGGGGAGCGCAUCUCAGGAACAAUGCGGCUCAGCAGGUGGUGAACCAAUCAAGGGUGACGAUACAGCGGCAAAUGCAAACGACGCGGCCGGGAAGGAUGAGGCUUUUUCUAGUUGUGCAUCCUCUUCGGCUUCUCCACCUUCUCUUCCCCUUAUUGUAGCUGAUUCCACGUCGGGCGGAACACAGAAGCGCGACGACUGGUCUCCGGACUUCAGCGAGGAAAGCGAGCCUUGCGCCAGGAGAGAGCCGAAGUACAGGGACGGAGCCGAAAUACAGGGAAAAUUCAGUUUGAGGGAGUUCGAGCGAGCCGCCUCUAUUCUGUCCGUGAAGUUGCGCGAGACUUUUUCCAUGCACAAGCGAGCCCGGCAGAUGAUCUGUCCCAGGGCGCAGCAACAACCCAGCAGUGCCGUAACCGACGCGGAUGAACCACAAAGGAACGCGGAGAGCGACGGAAGAGUGGAGUUGUACGACAAGCAAUUCGUCUCCAUUAACAAGUUGGUCAACGAGUUCGACUUGACGCCGGAGCAGACGGCGCGUUUCAUGCGGUGGAUGCAAGAAGCGAUCAAGUGCCGAGCAAAGCUUUCCGAGAGCGAGGAGUCGGACACAUCAGCAAAGCACACUGCACCGCCGUCCGAGGAAAGCUGGAAAGAGUACAACCAGGCCAUGGACGUAUUCGAGCAACGCUUUCAAGAGGAGACAGCAGAAAUCGACAGGGCGGUGCUUCUUGCUAACUCCUACCCGUCUCCGAGCUCGUGAGCCCAACACAAAAGGGCUUCCUGAGAUUGUCUUCACUAAGUAAGCACUUGAUCAUUUUCGGUCCAAAAAGUAUAUGAGAGGGUGCAAGUCUUCGCGCUGCCCCGAUCACCCUCAAUUCCCUACCUACCGACAUAACCCGCCCCCAAGAACUCAGAAUUUUCCAUCUAUAUCUUGCUUGUCUAAAAAACAAAAACACAAGGUUUCGUCUUCCC